GAAGUAACGAAUGAAUAAUCAGGCAAAAAGCAUAUUGUAACAACAUUAGAGGCAAAGAACUGCCAGUGGUGGGCCUGGUGGAGGUGAAUUCCUCAGAAAGGAGACAGGACUGGCGAGAAAUGUCGAGGGAACUCAGAAGGGCACAAUCAUCUCCCGUAAACGUUGAUAAACGGCGUCUUGGCAACAGUACAAGCGAUCAUGAGUGGGAAACAUUAUUUGAGCAAACUGGAAAAGUAGGGCAAAGAACAUCUGGUAAAGUUCGGUUUGAUGUUCAAGAAAAAGCAUCAAAAGUAGCAGAUCUUCAUCUUGAUCUGUUUAAUUUUGAGGAACCAAAAGCUCAACACAGCCGUUAUGUUCUGACCAGUCCAAGGUCUCUUGAGGCUUGUGGAAGGUUUGGAAUAAAGCCUGUGGAGUUGUUACAUAAGUCACUAGAGGAGUUUGUAGAAGAAUUCACGUCUCUUUAUGACACUGACUAUUCCCAUCAUGCUGUCCGUGAAGUGUUCCAGGAACAUGAACGGCAAAGGCUAAGGAAACUAAAGCUGUGCAGAGAAGAAAGAGAGAGAAUAAUUAGAGAGAAGAAAACAGAGUCUACUGUCAGCAGUGAGGAAAGGAAACACUUUUCAAGUUCACCACAGCACCAAGAUAACACUGAUACGAAAGAUGCAUUAAGUAGCUCCACAAAACAAAAGAACCCCUAUGAUAAAGAUCAAGAAGAAGAACAAAAUGGAUGGACAGCUUCUAAACAUGUUGAGACACACAGAUAUCACAGGGCUGCAAGUCCACUUGAUCUCAGAGGAAAAGAGAAUGUGUAUCUGAUGGAUGAAAAAGCUAAAAAACCUCCAACUGGAAAAACUAAAUACAGCAGUUACCCAUCAAGUACCAAAAGCCGCAGCCCAGUCAGUCCCAGAGGAGAGAGCUCUGACUCAGAAACAGGAGUGGAGGCAAGGAGAAGCUGGUCCUCAAGCAGCGAGCAUUCCCAAAGGAAAAGUAAGAAACCAUCAUCUGCAGGCUCAUUCAGAAGAAGAGGUCCACAGCACAUCAAGAGAACAGCUUCCAUGGAUAGCAUUGAUUUUUUACAUUCAAUACCAAGUUCUUCAGAUGGAAAAGGCUUGUCAGAAAAGGAUCAACGCAUUGUGAAUUUAAUGAUGUCACGACAUGAAGAACAAGAGAGAGCUCGUAAGGAGCGAUUGAUGUUAGAAAUGGAAUGGAGUGAACAGAGGAAGUUAGAAGAACAACUAAGACAGGCAAGACAUCGACAGAGACAACAAGAGAUUUGGGACACGUAUAAAGCUAAGGAUGCGAAACAGUAUGAAGUGCGAGCUAGACGACUGAGAAAUGAACAGAGGUUAAAAAAAGACAAAUUAGAGGUGCUGUUAUCAAAGGACUACACUUGGCAGAUGGAAAAGAGAAAACAGGAACAAAUAAAGGGUAACAAAAUCCUGGCCAAGAAAAUUAAAGAUGCCGAGAAAAAACAAAAGCAGGAAGAAAAUCUCUGGCAGAAAGAACGAGAGGAAGAACUGCAGCGUACUAUGACCCAGCUUAAUCUCUUAGACAAACAUAAAAACGCCUUUACAAAGAAAACUAUGUUAUUCUCUCAAGAGCAUAUGAAAGUUCAAAGUCGGAAUCGUUCUGUGCAAAACAGACACAUUAACACAAGAAGACAACUGCGUCAACGUUUAAGUCAAGAAGAGGAGAACCUAAAACAUGAAGUGGCAAUUAAACAUCAAAACGCGCUGAUGAAUUACCAGAGACAAUUGACUCGAAAAGAUAAUCAGAUAGUUUUUAAUAAAUUAAAAAGAGAAGAGCGCGUUGAAAGGCAACAGGACCAGUUGAAAAAGAUAACAAACGACAUGGACGAGUGGCGGCGAGAACUUUCGGUCUUCAGAAAAGAGAAAGACAAGCGUGCACAAGGCACAGUAAACAUGACAGUAGCGUCUAAACAGCAAAAAGUGAAAUCACAGCUGAUCGCCGAGAAAGAAGAGCAUCAGCAUAAUAUGGGAAGGGUGAAACAAGCUCUUGAAGAGAGGAAAAGAGAAAUCCAGGAAGACAUUGAAGUCAAAGAUGAACGGAGCAGGAUGGUGAAUACAGAAAAAGAAGAAAUCAGGAGAUUGAACCGUGAUGCUGCUCGCACAUCUCAGGCCGUGAGGGACUUGGUUAGAGAACAGACACUAAGAAGUUCAUUUGACAGGAUGGCAGAGACAGCACAGCACCAAGCUCUUGUAGGGCGUGGUCCGCAGACAGGACACAAAAAUAAAUCUAGUGUCAGACUGGGAUGAUGUGCACUCUUAUAAGCAUUAGUUAGGUGUGGUUUAGAAUAGAAUAUUUGGCAAGCAAAAGUCUAUAAAUUAAUUUAAAGUAAUGAACUAGGUUUACUGUGUCAAACAAUUACAGUUUAGGUAUUAUUUAUCAUCCAGAACUCAUACGAAACGCGUACAUUUGUUCCAUUCACAGAGAGUAGUUAUUUUUAACUGUCUUGCGCGGUGGUCUGUCAAUAAUGUGAAUAAAACUUACACCAUUCACGA